AUGCCUUGCUGCGAGUAUUGUCAUCAAUAUCGCGAUCCAAGAGGGUUUUCACGCCAUUUUUCUGCAUGCAAAUCCAAGCAUGAAGUUGUCGAAUCUGCUGCUAUAAGCCUCUAUGCUGCCACGCAGCCACAGCAACAUGCCAUUGACACUACUAGUGAGGAUCAACAUCCUCAAAAGAAGAUUCGAAUAGAGCAUCGACACACACCCUCUGCUCAGCCUGACAAGGAACCACCAUCAGAAUCUUCGGGACUGCACCUUCCUAAAUCUACAGCUGAGUCGCUACCCUGGGCUCCGUUCCGAAAUUUACAAGAUUUCGAGUACACUGAGAUUGCUGUGAGGAGUCGUUUAAGCAAAGCAAACAUUGAUGCUCAGCUUCAAGGCAUGCAUAAUGGAUGGGCAAUAGGAAGCAGGAUUACCUUGAGGAAUCAUAAAGACAUGGAGCGGGUGCUGAUGGCUGCUCGUGCAUAUGUUGUUCAAUUCCAGGAAGGCACUGUCUCAGCUGAAUAUGAUGAGCAAACAUUCACCUUCAAGUUUCCAUAUCGUGACCCUUGGGAAGUCUAUCAAAGCUGGAUCACCGAUCCAACACUGUCUCAAGAGAUAAACUGGUACCCCGUUCGAAAGUAUCUGUGUGAAGAAGGGAAGGAUGUUGCUAUUUAUGACGACAUUAAUACAGGAACUCUUUGGUGGGAAAUUCAGGACACCUUGCCGAAUGUACAUGGGCUACCCCAUUGCUUCCUCCCUGCAAUUUUUUGGCUCGACAAAGGCAUGAUAACAAAACGUGUCCGCAAGCACCCGAUGCUCUUACGUCCUGCAUUUCUUCCCCGAGCAAUACGAAAUGGCUCGGGCAAUGGAGGAGGAAUCCUCGUUGGUUAUAUGCCUGUGAUACGUGAUCCAAGCGACCCAUCAGAUCGUAACAGCGCAGGGAAAAUUGCAUUUGCAUGCUUCAAGCGCGAGGUGUAUCACAAAGUUCUCGCUGUCGUUUUUGGCUCUCUCCGCUCUCGUGGACGUUGCGGAGAGGCAAUGAAAUGCGGUGAUCAAGUACAACGGGUGAUAUAUCCUGGAAUUCCAAUUGCAUCAGUUGAUAGUGAGGAGAGCUGGGCAUUAACAUCGACUCGUGCAGGUCUUGCAGAUUAUCCGUGUCCGAAGUGUCUUGUCCAUAACUGCAGUCAACAUAAUUUGGCCAGUGUGUUUGAGCCACGGACCGUCGAAGGCAUGAUGCAAGCUUACCAUGACGCCAUGGAGUGCCAAACCAAAUCCGGGUCUGAGCGAAUAUUACAGCAGAACGGGCUUCACAAAAAUGUUAAUUUUUUUUGGUCCCUCCCUCAUUCGGACCCAUACCGAGCAAUUUCCUAUGACAAACUACAUGCCGAUGAUCUUGGCAAGUUCGGAAAGCAUCUGUGGCGGCUGCUGCUCAGCAUCCUAGAAGAUUUGAACGUCAAGGGUCAACUUACCAUCAACAUGCGUGGUGUUGACAGGUGGUCGAACCUCAAACAUUUCCUGAAUGUCACGACAAUUGAGUAUGCGGAUGGCACAGCAUUCUUCGAUAUUUUGAGAUGCCUUCUACCUUGCAUAGUGCAACUUUUGCCUAAAAACUCGGUGCUCGUAAACUGUCUCCGUGCAUAUGCUCAAAUUCGCACGAUGAUCCAGAUGAGGUGCAUGACUGAAGAUCGUAUCCAACGACUGCAAGGAUAUAUCAAGACUUACAUGGAUUACUGUUCGCGCGUCUCCACGCAGUACGAGAAAAACUUCGAUUUCCUCAAACAACACUUGACCACUCAUAUCAUCCCGGAUAUCAGGCAGAAGGGCACACUUGAUAACUACGAUACUCGUGUUGGUGAAGGUUUCCAUCAAGAGGUUCAAGAGGCAUACAAACAAACUAACUGUAAGAACACCGAACCUCAGAUGGCUAGGAUUGAUGAAAAUCUAGAAGCAGUAGCACGUAUUCACAUGCUUAUAGACAAUGCAAGCCAACACGAAAGCACGCUGGCGAAGAUGAUUGGAUCCGACGAAGUUCAAUCCGGUUUGAAUGCAACCCAGACCCACAGCGCACUGGCAAGGUCCAACGAACACUGGAUCCUUGGAUCACCAGCUGCCGGGAUCACAGAUGCUAAGGGAUUAGCAGAUGAGCUUGUUGCUCGUGGAUUUGUAAACGAGGCUACGGAGUUUCAGAACACUUUGUUUAAUUUUCUGAGGAAGAAUAUCUCACCAGAUUGUGUGGAGGACAGCCAUCUCGAGGUUCGAGUAUUUCAAUGUCUCUACUUGACAUAUCAAUCCCUGGAGGAUUGGAAGGAAGGACGAGACAUUCUACGAUGUAAUCCUGACUUUCACAGUCACGCUCAAUAUGAUUGCGCACUCAUAAACACCGACUCCAAAAUGCUAUCGCCGGUACGACUGCGCAUGCUUGUCAGGUGCAUGACAAGCCGCGGCCCAGUCGACAUCGCUCUUGUUCAUUCUUACAAGCGAACACAGUGGAAGCCAAAGACAGUGUGGGAGGGUAUGCAUGUAUUUGAGCAGGUACAAAGGUACGACUUGGUAAUGAUCAGAUAUCUUGUUCGAGGAGUCCACAUGGUCAAAGCGUUUGGUACGAAGGAUGGGCGUGAAUAUCUUAAUGAUACUAUUGACGGAGACAUGUUUCUGAGGGCAGGAAAUUAA